AUGGUUGGCUUGUGCAAAUGGAUAUUGCCUUGCCCUAGGGUUACUCGUAUACGCAUUCGACCCUACAGCACUCGCGCAAGACCUAUCGCCACCCACACCCCUGGAUUGCCUCCGCAUACCCCGACUGAACCCUCUAAACUGUCACUCAAGUCUGCGAAACCCUUCUCCGACUUCCUCACCGAUACCUUCAAUCGUCAACAUGACUAUCUCCGCAUUAGCGUUACGGAGCGGUGCAAUCUUCGGUGUCUGUACUGCAUGCCCGAGGAAGGCAUAGACCUCUCGCCCUCUGCGAAAUUGCUCACCUCCCCGGAAAUUCUAUACCUCUCCUCACUAUUUGUCUCACAAGGCGUGACCAAAAUCCGAUUGACGGGUGGGGAACCCACAGUCCGCAAAGACAUCGUACCGUUGAUGCAGGACAUCGGCAAGCUGCGACCAAAUGGGCUUCGGGAACUGUGUCUGACAACCAAUGGGAUCUCAUUACAUCGGAAAUUGGACUCGAUGGUGGAGGCUGGGCUGACGGGAGUCAAUCUCAGCCUCGAUACACUGGAUCCAUUCCAAUUUCAAAUCAUGACAAGACGCAAGGGAUUUGAUGCUGUGAUGAAGAGCAUCGACCGCAUUCUGGAAAUGAAUAAGGUCGGUGCGGGGAUCAAGCUGAAGAUCAAUUGUGUUGUGAUGAGAGGAAUGAAUGACCGAGAGAUCCUCCCGUUCGUGGAACUGGGCCGAGAGAAAUCGAUUGAAGUGCGAUUCAUCGAGUAUAUGCCUUUCGGUGGGAACAAAUGGAAUCAGCAGAAAAUGUUCUCGUAUCAGGAGAUGCUGGCUGUCAUCCGAGAGAAGUAUCCCACAUUCGAAAAAGUGGCCGACCACAAGAAUGACACGAGUAAGACAUACCGUGUUCCUGGAUUCGAAGGCCGCGUGGGAUUUAUUACGAGCAUGACCCACAACUUCUGUGGUACUUGCAAUCGUUUACGCAUUACUAGCGACGGAAACCUCAAAGUCUGCCUAUUUGGUAACUCCGAGGUCUCAUUGCGGGAUAUCAUUCGUAAGGAGAAUGGUGGGAAUCCAAUUGAUGUGGAUGCAAUGAACAACCUGCAACUGUUGGAAACAGUACAAAAGGCGGCGCGCCUGAGUGAUGAAGGUGGCUUGGUGAAUGAGCGAGAACGUGAAAUUCUUGACAUCAUUGGCAUGGCGGUGAAACGAAAGAAGGCGAAACACGCCGGCAUGGCACAACUAAAGGAUAUGAAGAACCGCCCUAUGAUCUUGAUUGAUGAACUAGAUAAUAAACCGAAGACGCUGUGGUCAGGGUCUCCCUCUUGGUCCAUCAUGCCGAUACAUAUGUUUUCGGAUCUCCCUGCAGCUUCCCAAAGUCGUCGGUAUCACUCUGGGCGCUCUAAACCAGAGACCGAAGACUGUAUUCUUCGCCCAUCUCCCUCUCUACCCACCGCCUCAGACGCUGAUCUCCCUCACCUCACACCAUCCAAGACCGUGCACAUGACCCAGAUCACCGAAAAGCCUGAAACAAAACGCCUCGCCACAGCCGCCUGCACCGUUUCUUUCUCGAACCCAAGACCCUGGGAAAUCCUCCAUAAAGGACAAACCACGCAUAAAGGUGACGUCUUCAGCGUUGCCCGGAUUGCGGGUAUCAUGGCAGCAAAACGAACGCCCGAUAUUGUGCCCCUUUGUCAUCCCGGCAUUGGUAUUACCGGGGUCGAGGUUAGUGUAGAACUGGUUGAACCUGCGCAAGACGGGGACCACGGUGCUAUGCAUAUUGUGGCAUCAGUUAGCUGCUUUGGUCGCACUGGAGUGGAAAUGGAGGCUAUGACAGCUACUAUGGGCGCAGCUUUGACAGUUUAUGAUAUGCUCAAGGCUGUGGAUAAAGGGAUGGUCAUUGAUUCUGUCAGAUUGUUGGAGAAACAGGGUGGGAAGAGUGGACAUUGGGUGCGGGAUUCAAAGCUAUAG